AUGGGCUCUUCAUUUUCCUCAAUGUUAUUGCUUAUCUCCUUUUUUUUAGCUUUACUGGGGUCCGUGGUCCCAUCCCAAGUGUCACAACUCGACGAGACGAAUGCCUUAGCAGACUGCUUGACUAAGGUUUCCGUACCAGUUGAUGAGCCGGGAUCUAAAGACUGGCAACUCGAUGCCACACCAUUCAACCUGCGACUCCAUUAUACACCAGCCGCCGUGGCGGUUCCUACGACUGUCAAGCACAUCCAGGACGCAAUUGCUUGUGCACGCGAGGUUGGAGUCAAGGCCAAUGCAAAGUGCGGCGGUCACAGUUAUGGCUCGUUUGGACUUGGUGGCGAGGAUGGGCACCUGGUAAUCGAGCUGGAUCGCAUGAACAAUGUUUUCUUGGAUACAGAAACCGGUAUAGCAACUGUCCAAGGUGGUUCACGCCUUGGUCAUGUUGCCUGGGAGCUAUACAACCAAGGGAAGAGAGCCUUUAGUCAUGGGACUUGCCCCGGUGUUGGUGUUGGUGGACACACACUACAUGGAGGAUAUGGAGUCAGCUCUCACACCAAGGGACUAGCCCUGGACUGGCUAGUUGGAGCAACGGUUGUGUUGGCCAACUCCAGCGUUGUCAACUGCUCAGCAACUGAAAAUCCGGACCUCUUUUGGGCUAUUCGAGGCGCAGGAAGCUCAAUGGGGGUUGUGACCGAGUUCCGCUUCAAGACCUUCGAAGUCCCUGAACAAGUAACUUACUUCAUUGCUUCUGUUCCAUGGACGACAGAGACAAGGGCACGGGCUGGCCUCAAGGCUGUCCAAGAGUUUGCUAAGACCAUGCCAACAGAACUAAACAUGCGCAUGUUCAUUGCCAGCAGAUUCACCAACCUUGAGGGACUCUACUAUGGAGAUAAAGAGGGCUUACAGGCAGUUCUAGCUCCACUGCUAGAACAAACAAACGGAACUCUGGCGCUAAUCAGGACGGGAGGCUGGCUCGAUCAGGUCAAACACUUUGGUAACGGAAUAGCUAUCGAUCAGCAACAUGGUUAUCAAGAGCAUGAAACCUUCUAUUCAACUAGCCUUUACACCCGUGAACUCAACGACGCACAGCUGAACAAAUUUGUCAGCUAUUGGUUCCAGCAUGCCAAAUCCAACCGCCGUGACUGGUAUGUACAAAUUGAUCUACAUGGAGGAGAGAACUCGGCGGUGGCCAAGCCAGAUCUGGAUUCGACGGCCUAUGCACAUCGUGACUUCUUGUUUAUGUUCCUCUUCUACGAUCGCGUUGAUCAGGGAGUGGCAUACCCUUUUGAUGGCCACACCCUCAUGCAGAACUUCGUCCACAACAUCACUGCGGAUAUGGAUCAGGACAAUUGGGGCAUGUAUAUCAACUAUCCCGACCAGAACAUUGAUCAAGACUCAGCACAGCGCAAUUACUGGGGUAGGCAUCUUACAAGGCUACGAAAGAUCAAGAAAGAGGUGGAUCCCGACAACCUCUUCCAUUAUCCUCAGGGUGUGUUGCCAGAGACUGAAGAGUGA